GAGUCAUAGAGUGUAUGCAGCCGAUAAUUUCCCUCUUUCUCCUCCUCUUUAUCCUCCCUUCAUACAUCAACAAAGUGGACCAUUGAGAGCUGUGAACAGUAGUUGUUGGACUCUGAAGUCUUUCUCACAAUUCCUCUCUCUAGAACUUUCUCUUCUUUUAAUUUUUCUCCUUAAUUUGUUGUUUACUGGGUUGUCUGUUUUGAAUCAGAGAAAACCCUAACCGUCUUUUUUUUCCUUUGAAUUGAAACGAUCAAAAGAAGUAAUGGGUUCAGAAGGAUCAAGGGUUGUUGUGCCCAGGAAUUUCAGAUUGCUAGAAGAGCUUGAGAGAGGUGAAAAGGGAAUUGGAGAUGGAACAGUCAGCUAUGGAAUGGAUGAUGCUGAUGAUAUAUUCAUGCAAUCAUGGACUGGGACUGUAAUUGGUCCCCCAAAUACCGUUCAUGAAGGACGCAUCUACCAGUUGAAAUUGUUCUGUGGCAAAGAUUAUCCAGAUAAUCCACCAAGUGUGAGGUUUCAGACCCGGAUAAAUAUGACCUGUGUCAAUCAGGAAACUGGAGUGGUUGAACCGAGCCUUUUCCCCAUGCUUGCUAAUUGGCAAAGGGAGUAUACAAUGGAGGAUAUAUUGACUCAACUGAAGAAAGAAAUGAUGUCUCCACAGAACAGGAAGCUUGCCCAGCCUCCUGAAGGAAAUGAAGAGGCAAGGCUCGAUCAAAAGGGUUUAGUGCUGAAAUGUUGCAUCCUCUGAAGUUUGUUGGAGUUGUAUGAACAUAAUGUAUAUAGAAUAUAUACACUAGAUGAUUCCAGCAACCGGCUUAGCUCCAUCGAUAUAUAUGCUUGGGUAUGAGAAAUAUGUCCUUGGUUCCACCAAAUGGUGGUUAAAUAAAUUUGACCUUCUUAAUGAAUUGAUGACAUUCCAAAAUUUAUGAGUUGUGCUAAUAUUAAUCUCAGUUAGCGGGUGUGUUGUUUUUCUUUCUUUCUCCCCCUAAAUUGCCUCUUUUUCAUUUUCAUUUGAUGUACUCUUGAAUGUAACGGAGGACAUGAGUAUGGAACUGUGACCGGUUUGAGAAAAUUGUUAUAUUCCAUGUGCUUUCUCUUUGAUCUU